GCAUUGGGAGUUGUGCUACAUUCUCAAAGGAGUGAAUCCAAAUACUUUUGACGAGCUAGCAAGCAAAGCUCGUAACAUGGAACUAAGCAUUGCAAGCAGUAGAAGGAAAACCAUGGGUAUAUGUCCCAUCAACGAUGUUGUUGAAAAACAAGAUACCAAGAAUGGGGGCAAGCCCUUUUCUAAGUUUGAAACGAAAGAAGCAAUGGUCGCGAAGACUGCACCUGUUAAGAUCUUCACUCGAAAUUCGAAGCAAGUUCCUAGGGUCGACUUGGAGGCGUCAAAACGUGUUAAAUCAUUUCUAGAAGAGAUGUUGGAAAAGAAGUACCCUUUCUUAGACUCUGACGUUCCUCCCAUGUUUGAGGAGCUGAUGAGAUUGAGGCUUAUUGAUUUGCCCGAGUCCAAACGACCCGAGGAAGCUACAAAGGUUGAUGACCCCAACUACUGCAAGUAUCAUCGAAUUCUAAGUCACCCCACCGAGAAGUGUUGGGUGCUUAAAGAUAAAGUUAUGGCUCUCGCUCGUGAAGGAAAGAUUGAGCUCGCUGAUUCCGCUGCAAGCACAAACCAAAUUGCCAUCACUUUUGGUAAGUUUUCUCCACUCAUAGUCAAAGAUGACUCAAAAGAAGAGAGCAAGAGCUCUCACAAUCGAAGACUUCCUUUUACUGUCAAACAGAUGGGAAAUGACUCUCCUUUCAAUAAAAGUGUGAGAGAUGAAGAAAAUAAUGGCAAAGAAGGUCCAUGGAUCUUAGUAGCUCGAGAUAAACAAAUUAAGAGGCACAAGUUGAUCUCGUCCCCAGUGAAGGAAGUGAAGAAAUGGAUCAAGAAAAGGAAGGAAAAUAAACUCAAGCUAAAGAAGGAAAGAAAGAUUAAUGUUUGUUCCAAGAUUGUGCGAAGGCCAGUUACUCUAGAUGAUUACAUGCCAAAGAAUUUCAAGAACAAGAUAAAUCAAUUUUCAAGUUCUUGCCUUAGCACUCAUGAAAAAGAGAUUGAAAGUUCACACAUAUGUGCAUCUCGAUCUUUGGUUGAGCAACAAGAAACAAAAGCGCGCAAAUCAACCUCUUAUGCCACUGAUAUUGUCUUUAAAGAUGAAGAUCUCAUGUUGGGCGCAACCCCUCAUAAUCGUCCACUCUUUGUCGAAGGAUACACUCGUGGACAAAGAUUCAAAAGAAUUAUGAUUGAUCAAGGGUCUGCCGUUAACAUUCUGACGGUUCGAGCUAUGAAAGACCUUGAUAUAUCAAUGGAUGAACUCUCCCAAAGCCGCUUGAUGAUUCAAGGCUUCAAUCAAGGGGGGCAACGGGCAAUUGGAAUGAUACGUCUUGAUUUGGUCAUUGGCGAGCUGAAGGCAAGCACUCUGUGCCAUGUCAUUGACGCAAAGGCUUCAUAUAAUCUUCUUCUGGGCCGCCCAUGGAUCCAUGAGAACGGUGUAAUUCCUUCAACAUGGCACCAAUGCUUCAUGUAUGAGCAAAAUGGUGUUGUAAAGAAGGUAGCGGCCGAUGAAACUCCAUUCACAGAAACCGAGACAUACUUUGCAGAUGCGAAGUUUUACCUAAAGGCCAAAGUUUCUAAAUAUGACAAUGCUAGACAAGAGGAAGAAUAUCGCCCCUUGAUUGAACCAAAGCUGAAAGAGAAGCUUGUUGAAGGCGUAGAAGGGCUUACAUUCCCUCUUCCAAAGAUUGAGAUAUUAAGGCCUCCUCAAAACACGUCCGAGAAGGAAGUGAAAAACGAUAAUGAUGUUAAGACAUUUCAUCUCCCUAAGGCACGCACAAAUGAAGGAUUUGACCCAAACGCAUACAAACUUCUGGCCAAGGCUGGGAAUAAUCCCAACGAACAGAGGUUGGGAAAACUCAUUCCGGAAGCUGGUGGUGAAGGGAUACCGAAGCAGAUCAAUCUUCGAGGGCACACAGGAUUGAGUUAUGUUCAGCCGAAACCCAUAAGGAUCCUCAUAAAUAGAGCCGCAACGCAUCAUAUCAGUGCUGGUGAAGAAGAUGAAGUGACUUCUAAACCGAAGUAUUCUGUCUUUGAUCGGAUUGGGGGGGCAAGAUCAAGGCCCGCCAUAUUUGAUAGAUUGGGUCCGAAGCCAAAGAAAGUUAUCAAGAUGACUUUACAAGAACGGCUUGGAACGAGCUCAAUGAUGAUGAAACACGUUGAAGACACAUGCACGGGACAAAACUUCAAAAGAACGUCUGUUCAUGAACGAUUGGCAUUGAAACAUGAACGCAAUAUAUCUGCUAAAGUUCCUCUCGAAAAGCAAAGUCUUAAUGAGUACAGAAGUUUUAUCCCAUCUCGUUUGAAGCGAGAAACAGAUGUGAAAGUGACCAAUAGGAAUGCAUUUAAAGUCAAACCAGUGACCAUUGUGCACACCCGUGGUCGAUAUGAAGACCAAUAUGAAGAUUCAGUACCCUUGAUGUUGGGGUAUAUAUAUGUCAAAUAAAGUGUUGAAAGGCUUAAACCACCAAUGAUGUUGUAAGUGGCUAAACUGCUAAAACAUCUCACUUUAUCUAUGGGUGAGCAUAAUCAUAGAUACUCUUGGCCCACGAGAGUUUAAAAUGUGAACGGCAAGCUCUUGGCCCGCAAGAGUUAAAAAUGUGUACGGCAAACUCCUGACCCGCAUGAGUUAAAACUGUGUACGGUCUCUUUAGAUUACCAAUUCAAAUGGUACUUAUGAACUACGUUUGACUUGAUCUCCUUCAUAGGAGUACGUAGGCAGCUCAGAAGGUUUCAUUUUUGAGUUCAGUUAUAACAAAAUAAACCCCAACUAAGUUGCCUUGUCAAAGAGAAUAUCAGAAGAAGGCUUAGAAAAAAAAGUCAGAUGAACGGCAAAGGCUUGGAGAAUUCUCAGAUCUCCACCUCACCACAAGUGGAUUAAGUUGAGUUUCCAACGGCGUCUCCACAACGAUGCCACCAUCCCAACAACGGAGCAAGUGGCGCCGAUGGCAAAAGAAAUGGUGACUUUAGAGUCUUCAACGACGCCACCAUCCCAACAACGGAGCAGGGGGCGCUGACGGAAAAAGCGAUGGUGUAUUUGGAGUCUUGAACGACACCACCAAUAUCUUCUUUGAGUAACCUGCGACGGAACUGGCUCCUUCAUUGUCAUCUUCUUUGAGUAAACUGCAAUGGAACUGGCUCCUUCAUUGAUAUCUUCUUUGAACAACCUGCGAUGGAAUGAAAUCCUUCAUUGUCUUCUUCUUUUUGAACGGUCUGCAAUGGAUGAAAUCCUUCGUUGUUUUCUUCUUUGGGCAGCCUGCUAUGGAUGGAACCCUUCAUUGUUUUCUUCUUUGGGCAGCCUGCUAUGGAUGGAAUCCUUCAUUGUUUUCUUCUUCAGGCAGCCUGCUAUGGAUGGAAUCCUUCAUUGUUUUCUUCUUCAGGCAGCCUGCUAUGGAUGUAAUCCUUCAUUAUUUUCUUCUUUGGGCAGCCUGCUAUGGAUGGAAUCCUUCAUUGUUUUCUUCUUUGGGAAGCCUGCUAUGGAUGGAAUCCUUCAUUAUGUUCUUCUUUGAAUAACCUGCAAUGGAAUGGAAUCCUUCAUUGCCUUCUUCUUUGAACAAACUAGCCAGCUUCAGUCUUCGCCUCUCUGGCAGCAAUGAAAAACGAGAACUCGGGUUCUCCUCCUUCCGGCAAAUUAGGACGACGACUCUCUCGGAUUUAACCGCAGCGGCGACUGAAAUCUUCGGAAAGCAGAGUUUCUCCGGUUUUCUUCCUCAAACCUCGAACAAUCACGCCAGCAGCAAUUCUGGCCGAUUGAGCUCCCAUAUACCCAUCGAAUCAGCAGCCGCAAUUAUGACAUCGGCGGCAAAUAAGAGGAGCGACAACCUGUUCUCUGUGUUGUCCGCAAUCAACCAAACCUUUUUUGGACAGAGCACCAGGCAAGAGCGGAAAAUUCCGGAUAUAAAAAAAAAAAUCAGCAGCAACUUUGCCUCUGUAAAACCUCUGUCCGCUGCGUUAACAAAACUCCGGCCAGCAACAUCUUGAACUCUAGUUCCAACAAAUCUCCCCUGCAAUAUGCCAAAGAAGAAAGAGAGAUAAAGAACUAGAAUAAAACUAAAUUUACCUUCUACCGAUCUCUUACUCCAAGAAAUUGGUGAAUCUUGGGAUCUCUAGGUAACUAUUUUGCAGAUACAGAUUGAGCUGAUCUCCUAUUUAUAACUCUUGAAAGGAAGGCGAUCCGGAUAAAACGCAGCAGUGGGACUAGAUACAGAAGUUAGUCCUAUUAAGGAUACGUUUAUUCGGCGGGUAGAAGAGUUCAACUAUGACUAUGCCAUGAGAAGCAUUCGAUGAUUUUAGGAAUUGAAUUGAUGGUCUGGCUUCAAAUGCACG